AUGUCAUCAUUACAGUCCUUUGAGAGCUCUCAGCAAAAGCGAAUUUUGCAAUCAACAAAACAAUUCUCAGCAAAGGUUCAUCAUCAAGGAUCUCAUCGAGUUGCUCAAUGUAGAGUCACUAAACGGUGCCAGAAGUGCGGUCGUAAACACCACACUUCAAUUCAUUCCAACGAAUCUUCUAAAUUAAAGGGAAAGGAGAACAAUAAUAAUCAUACAAAACAGGAAUCCUCUUCAAAUACUUCGUCAAAACAGGAUGCUAAAGUUUUGCAUUCUCAUCAUGACGAGUCGAUAGGAUCGUCUAUUCUUUUGGCUACUGCAAGAGUUUUGGUUAUUUCUGCAACAGGGCAAUCCAGAAAAUUGAGAGCACUCGUAGAUCAGGGUUCAGAAGCGGCAAUUAUUACAGAGAGAGUUGUUCAACAACUCAAUUUACCUAGAGUUCAUUCUUCAGUAUCGUUAACAGGAAUUGGUGCGAAAAAUAACCAGACAAAAGGGACUACCUCAUUUCUGCUCAAACCACAUUUUUUGUCAGAAUUUGAAGUUAAGAUACAAGCUUACAUUUUACCGAAAUUAACUUCUUCGAUGCCUUCUCUCUCACAUAAUAAGGAUAAAUGGGAUCAUUUGAAAAAUCUAAAAUUAGCUGAUCCUGAUUUUCAUAAAAAGGGAAAAAUUGACUUAAUAAUUGGUGCUGAUAUCUACAGUCGAAUUAUAAAAGACGGAAUCAUUAGAGGAGAACCUGACACUCCUAUCGCUCAAGCCACAAGGCUAGGUUGGAUUGUUUCCGGGGUGACAAGUCCUAGCACAACCAAUCCUAGAGUUCAAGGUUAUCAUGUGUCCAUCACUGAUGACAUUCACAACCUGCUUAAACGGUUUUGGGAAACUGAAGAAAUUUCGAUUAAUGCUAAGACGUUAACUAAAGACGAACAAGACUGUGAAGACCAUUUCGAAGCUACUCAUUCUCGGGACGCUACCGGGAGAUACAUUGUAAAACUUCCUUUUAAAGAUGCACCAGACAAACUUGGAAAUUCAAAAUCAAAAGCUAUUCGAGUAAUGACUAACUUACGUCACAGAUUUUCUAGUAAUGUAUCUCACGCUAAAUUGUACGAGCAUUUUAUUAAAGAAUAUGAAGAUUUAAAUCACAUGAAAAGGGUACAAAAUUCACAAGAUGAACCGGAUAAAGUUAAUUAUCUGCCGCAUCACGGAGUUUACCGGGAACAAUCUCUUAGUACAAAGUUAAGAGUAGUCGUUAACGCGUCAAAUGAGAGAUAUCCACCUUCAAAAUGGCCCUUAGGAAGAGUCACUGAAACACAUGCAAGACCUGACGGUCACAUUCGAGUAGUCACCGUUAAAACUCAAUUUUCUGAAUGUAAACUACCUAUUGUAAAGAUAUGUCCGUUAGAAGUUGAAUCUACUCA